CAGAUGAGAGAAAGAAGCAGCAUCGGCGGCCGCGAAGACGGCAGCCGCCGCGGCCGGCCGCUGUUCACGGACGCGGCCGUCGGGCUGCCGAUACCGGGGACGAAAUACUCCGCGCUGACGCACUCGGACCCCCUGAUCAAGUCGACGAGCGACGAGGACUUCGUUUCGACGUCCCGCCACAGCAGCGCCUCCGCUGCCACCAGCCCCGGCGGCUACCUUUCCGACCGCACCACCUCCUCCGCCGCCAGCAGCAACACCCAGCACUCCGCCGCCUCCUCGCCCUUCAGCUCCUCCCCCUGGCACCACCACGAGCAAUCCGCCAACACCGCCACCGCCACCGCCGAUCUCUUCCCGUCGGGCACCGGCCUCGUCGGCUCCUUAGUUCGAGAGGAGGGCCACAUCUACUCUCUCGCGGCGGGCGCGCGGGGCCUUCUCUACACCGGCUCCGACAGCAAGAACAUACGCGUGUGGCGCGACCGGCGCGAAUUCUCCGGCUUCAAGUCCAGCAGCGGCCUCGUGAAGGCGAUCGUCCUCUCGGCCAACGGUCACCGCGUGUUCUCCGGCCACCAGGACGGGAAAAUCCGCGUGUGGGCGCCGUCGCCGAAGGACCCCGCGACGCACAAGCGCGUCUCCACCCUUCCCCGCCUCAAGGACCUGCUGAAGGCCUCAUUCCACCCGUCCGCCGCUCGGCGCCGCCGCCGAGGCGGCGCUGUUCGGAUUCGCCACACGGACGCCGUCUCCUGCCUCUGCCUCAGCGAGGACGAGUCCCUGCUCUACUCCGGCUCGUGGGACCGGACGAUCAAGGCAUGGCGGAUCGCCGACUCGCAGUGCGUCGACUCGAUCGACGCCCAUGACGACGCCGUCAACGCGGUGGUCGCCGCGUUCAAGGGCCUCGUCUUCUCGGGCUCUGCGGACGGGACCGUCAAAGUUUGGCGGCGAGAGACGACGACGGCGAAGAAGGAGAGCGUGACCGGUCACGCGGCGGAGAAGACGCUGAUGAAGCAGGACAGCGCGGUGACGGCGUUGUCGAUCAACGUCGACGCAGGCGUCGUGUACGCGGGGUCGUCGGACGGGGUCGUGAACUGCUGGGACUGGGGGAGGAGGCUGGAGCACUGCGGGACGCUCCGCGGGCACGCGGCGGCAGUCUUGUGCCUGGCAGCAGCAGGAGCAGGCAGCAAUCUGCUGUUCAGCGGGUCCGCGGACAAGACGAUAUGCGUGUGGCGAAGAGAGGAGGAGACCGGAGCGCAUUCGUGCCUCUCCGUGCUGACGGCGCACACCGGCCCCGUGAAGUGCCUGGCAGUGCAGGCGGACGCCGCCGACGGGAAAGAAGGCGAGGAAGACUGCGGUGGAGCGCGUAGGCGGUGGGUGGUGUACAGCGGAAGUCUGGACAAGUCCGUCAAGGUGUGGAAGGUGGCAGAACCCGCCGCCGGUCAGGUCGCGGAGCCAAUGUUCGACACCUACUAAAAUGAUAAUAUAUAUUUCUGAGCUUGUUUCCUACUGAGCCAAUUCAACUUUUGAAUGAUACAAUAAUGCUAUAUAUAUUAUCGGUUUGAUAUAUAUAUAAACAUAAGAGUGUCUCCUCCUAUUUAAAGCUAUGUAUUUUGUUACAAUGUGGAUCACUACUAAGAACUACAUGCAUGUUGUGGAGAAUUUUCUAUUGCAAAUAUAUAUGUGUUCCAAAUGAGUAUGAUUUGAAGCUUUUAUUCAACAUGGUGACUUAUUUUUUCUUUUUUUUUUUC